UUACAAUACACCAUCUUUAGACUGAUUUAAAGGAUAGGUAGCUCCGUGAUUUCAACGCAGAAUCAACUCAUUACUCAUACCCAUUUUCUUUGCACCCAAACACUCCCCAGAAAAUCUCUUCAAUUUUCUCGAGAAAAUCUCAUCAUGUCGUGGCAAGUGUACGUCGAUGAACACCUUCUCUGUGACAUCGAAGGUAACCACCUCACUUCUGCUGCUAUCCUCGGUCAAGACGGUAGCGUUUGGGCUCAGAGUCACAAUUUCCCUCAGUUCAAGCCUGAGGAAAUUACUGGUAUCAUGAAUGAUUUUGCUGAGCCUGGAACACUUGCUCCAACUGGAUUAUAUAUUGGUGGCACAAAAUAUAUGGUGAUCCAAGGUGAACCAGGAGCUGUCAUUCGAGGGAAGAAGGGUCCUGGUGGUGUUACUGUUAAGAAGACCAAUCAGGCCUUGGUCAUUGGCAUUUAUGAUGAACCAAUGACUCCUGGUCAAUGCAACAUGGUAGUUGAAAGGCUCGGUGAUUAUCUCGUUGAACAGGGUCUUUAAUCCUCUCCGUAUGUCUAUUUUAUUAUAGUUCAUAUUUCAUUGGCUUCUGUACAAGUUUUUGCGUCUACCUGGAAUGGAAUGCUUGAUUGCAGUGUAAUAAUAUUUUGGAUAUGAAAAAGUUGUGGGAUCUGCGUGUAGCGAAGAAGUGUUUGGUGCUUGAGAAAUGAUGACUAUAAAUCUUUGUCGUUGUACUUUUUUUUAGUGGGGUACCUUAUACAUUAAAGUGGUUUUAAAUUCUAAUGCUAUGGUAUAAUGGUUGGCAUAUUUUUGAAUUCUUUGCAGAUUCUUAUCUAUCUGGCAGAAAGCCUUCAUAUUUA